GUUUACGUGGCGGUGAUUUUCGCGUAUGGAGUCUCGGCACUCAAUUUGACGGAAGAGAUGGUCGUGUGUCCUUUGGGGACCUUCCCGUGUGGAAACCUGAGUGUGUGUCUGCCCCAGGUCCUGCACUGCAACGGCAUCAAUGACUGUGGCAACCAGGCGGAUGAGGAGAACUGUGGGGACAACAAUGGAUGGCCCCAUUUAUUCGACAAGUACUUCGGGAUGCCAAGCAACAACGUGGGGACCAGAUCCAGUGUGUGCUUGCUGGGCAUGUUCCCAGAGCGAUGCCAGUGUCGGGACCUAGAGCUGGACUGUGAUGGGACUAAACUCCGUGACAUUCCCCCGGUGCCCACAAACGUAACCAUGAUGUCACUUCAGAGGAACCAGCUUGAAAAUCUGAAAGCCAACACAUUUGUGAAGCUCCAGAACCUGCGUAAACUAUAUCUUCAGCACAACAGGAUCCAUGAUGUAAGCCCAGAUGCCUUCAGAGGGCUGUACAAUCUGACGAGGCUAUACCUGAGUCACAACCAGAUCUCAGUGCUGUUGCCCGGAGUGUUUCGAGAUCUUCAUAAGCUGGAGUGGCUGAUUCUGGAAAAUAACAAUAUUCAUCAGAUGUCAUCUCUGACCUUCUCGGGCUUGCACUCGCUGGUUUUGCUGGUUUUGCUUAACAACUCGCUUAUCAAGUUGGAUGACAUCUGCCGGGAGAUGCCGCGUCUCAAUUGGCUGGAUUUAGAGGGGAAUCUUCUUGAAACAAUUGGAAAUGUGUCAUUCCACUCCUGCCAUAUGCUGACAGUCUUGGUGCUCCAGAGAAACCGCAUCAGCCACAUCCACGACCAGGCCUUCUCUGUGCUGCAGAAACUCGGAGAACUGGACUUAUCCAACAACAAGCUGAUGUCUAUCCCUCCCAAUCUCUUUGUCUUACUGGGGGACCUGCUGCAACUGAAUAUCUCAUACAACCCCAUUCUGGAGCUGAAGGAUGACCACUUCGACAAGCUACACAAACUGAAAUCCUUGAGCAUUGAAGGCAUUGAGAUAGACAACAUUCAGAGGAGGAUGUUUGAGCCACUAAAGUACCUGACUCAUAUAUAUUUUAAGAAGUUCCAGUACUGUGGGUAUGCCCCUCAUGUGCGCAGUUGUAAGCCCAACACAGAUGGCAUCUCUUCAUUUGAGGACCUGCUAGCUAACAUCGUGCUCCGUGUAUUUGUUUGGGUCGUCUCGGCAACCACAUGCUUCGGAAACAUCUUUGUGAUCUGCAUGAGAUCCUACAUCCGCUCUGAGAACAAGCUCCAUGCAAUGUGCAUCAUCUCCCUCUGCUGCGCAGAUGGACUGAUGGGCGUCUAUCUGUUUAUGAUCGGUGCGUACGAUCUGAAGUUCCGCGGGGAGUACAACCGGCACGCCCAAGCCUGGAUGGACAGCAGCCAGUGCCAGGUGAUCGGCUCCCUGGCUAUGCUGUCGACGGAGGUAUCGGUCCUGCUCCUCACCUACCUCACCUUAGAGAAGUACAUCUGCAUCGUGUACCCCUUCCAGUACCUAACGCCCGGCUGGAGGCGCACAGUUACCAUUCUCUUCGGGAUAUGGGUCUUCGGGUUUGUGAUAGCCUUCCUCCCGUUGGUGUGUAAAGGGUUAUUCAGGAACUUCUACGGGACGAACGGGGUGUGCUUCCCGCUUCAUGCAGAGCAGCCGGAGACGCUAUGGGCUCAUGUGUACUCCAUUGUGAUAUUUCUUGGUCUGAAUUUGGUUGCCUUCCUCAUCAUCGUGCUCUCCUACGCCAGUAUGUUCUACAACAUCCAGAAGACAGGAACCCAGACCACCAAGUACAGCAACCACAUCAAGAAGGAGGUGACCAUCGCCAAGCGCUUCUUCUCUAUUGUCAUCACAGACUCGCUCUGCUGGAUCCCCAUCUUCAUCCUCAAGAUUCUGUCUCUGCUCCAAGUGGACAUUCCAGGCACUAUCUGCUCCUGGGUGGUCAUCUUCAUCCUUCCCAUCAACAGCGCCCUCAACCCCAUCCUGUACACCCUGACCACCAGACCCUUCAAGGAGACCAUCCUGCAAGUAUGGGACAACUACAGGCAGCGCCGGCCCCUCCUCAGCAGGCACCCGGCCCACCACCCCUCCCUCACUUGGCAGGAGAUGUGGCCCCUCCAAGAAAACAGCAACGGCCUGAACCAAGGGGCCCUGCUGGAGACCAAGCCCGCCCCAGCCAAUGAUCUCACCCCAGUUGAGAAUCCCAAUGACGGGUACAAUGACAUGAGCAGCUCCGUCAAGCAACCGGCACCGCAGCAACCUAAAGAACACCCGGUGCUUUCGGUAUCCUCGGCCACGCAAAAGCAACAAACGCUAACGCAUACGCAGAUUCAGAAGAGCAGCUGA